AUGGAGUCAGACAUAAAAGUGAAUGAACAUUUUAAAAGCCAGUUUAAGGCUUAUCAAGAACAACAGCAAAGACGUCUGCAAAAUCUAAUGGAGAGGAAGAAAGAAAAGCAGAACUGUCAGAAGGGUGAUAAUGGCAACGCAAAGGAGACUCUCAGAAUCCCGAAUGAUCUAAACCUGUUUGAAACAGGACAACCUGUAAAUGAAGGUGACAGCAAAAGGUUGCUUGAGAUUGAGAAUGAGCAGCUCCAGGAUCAGAUUCGAGAGGUCCAAGAUGAGAACUGCAGACUAUACAAACUGAUGACAGAGAAAGAUUUUGAAAUAAAGCAACUCCAGAAAAAAAUCCAGGAGGACAGAUUGGCUUUGUCGGGGGCGUCGGGUUUAGCUGGAGAUGUGGCAGCUUCUAAGAUAGUUGAAUUGGCCAAAAAGAAUCGUGAGAUAACUGCCGAGAUGGAGAGUGAAAAAGCCAAAGUGAAGCAACUGAACAGUAAAGUCAGAGAGCUGGAGAAAGAACUACAGACAGCUGUGGAAAAAAUACAUUAUCUUAGUGCUGGAGAUAAAGGAAUCAAGCAAUCAACUCAGAAGAUGAUAGAAGGAAACUUGGCUGAAAGUCCAGAGGUGAAAGCAUUGCAAGAAAAAUUAACCGCAGCCAACUUUAAAGUGAUGGAGUAUCGUAACCAACUGCAAUCUGCAAAACAGGAACUGAAGAUGACCCAAAAGCUUUUAGCAAAUGAAGUUGGUGAAGAUGUGAAUAUUCAAAGCCUCUUGACCAGUUCUGGCAGCUGGCGUGGACGAGCCCAGCAAAUUCUUGUUCUCCAAAGCAAGCUUCGAGAGCUGGAGAAUCAGCUGGGUCAAAACAAGAGCAGAACAUCACUGAGUGGGAUUGAUGAGGAAUUGCUGGCCCUUACUGAUCCAAGGAAGCUGUCAGCCCAAGAGAAGAACUUGCUAAAGAUCCGCAGCUUGGAAAAAGAAAAGAAAGAGGCAUUGGAGAAACUCGCUGGGGAACACGAUGCUCUCCAAAAAAGUCACGAGGAAGUGAAAAAAAAACUUGAUGCAUCGAAAGCCAGGAACAAAGUACUGUGCAGCGAAGUGAAAACCCUGAAGGCACAGAUCCUAACCUUGCUGGAGAAAGGAAAACAUGAUGAUGAGCUCAUAGACGCCUUACUGAGCCAACAGAAGCAAAUGCAGGAGAUCUUGAAGCACCUGAGCCAGCAGGACGAGAAGAACAAGGAGUCCCAGCAGGUGCUGGGGCAGCAGUGGAACAGUGAGGUUCAGAAACAAAACUGCCUUAUAGGGCAGCUCAGACAGAUGGUGGCUGAACGAGAAGCCGAGGUUAAAGAGCUGGAAGAGAAGAUUGAGCAACUCACCCUUCAG